AUGGCAACUAGGCUGCAAUUUGAGAACUCAUGUGAAGUUGGGGUGUUUUCCAAGCUGACGAAUGCAUACUGUCUGGUUGCCAUCGGAGGUUCUGAAAAUUUCUACAGUUUGUUUGAGGGUGAGUUAGUGGAUGUUAUUCCGGUGGUUAAAACCUCCAUUGGUGGGACUAGGAUAAUUGGACGACUUUGUGCCGGAAACAAAAAUGGGCUUCUUGUGCCUCACACAACUACCGACCAAGAACUUCAACACUUAAGGAACAGUCUGCCAGAUCAAGUUGUUGUUCAGCGCAUUGAAGAGAGACUAUCUGCUCUUGGGAACUGCAUUGCAUGCAAUGACCAUGUUGCUCUUACGCACACUGAUCUGGACAGGGAAACUGAGGAAAUGAUUGCAGAUGUUCUUGGGGUUGAAGUUUUUAGGCAGACAAUAGCUGGUAAUAUUCUGGUGGGCAGCUACUGUGCAUUCUCUAAUAGAGGUGGCUUGGUCCAUCCUCAUACCUCCAUUGAAGACUUGGAUGAGCUUUCAACCCUCCUCCAGGUUCCUUUGGUGGCAGGAACUGUGAACCGUGGUAGUGAAGUGAUAGCUGCUGGCUUGAUAGUCAACGAUUGGACUGCAUUCUGUGGAUCAGACACUACAGCAACAGAACUGUCUGUUAUUGAGUCUGUCUUCAAGUUGAGGGAAGCCCAACCAAGUGCCAUCGUUGAUGAGAUGAGGAAAUCUCUGAUCGACAGUUAUGUGUAA